AUUCCUACCGAACAGCACUAUACCGCCACAAUCACAACUCCGACAAACCACCACCUGUAUCUACGAAGAGUGCACGCAAAAGCGACGCAUGCGCCUUCACUCACUCCGACAUGCGAAGUUCUUUGUAGUACGCGAGCGAAGCAUCUGUCAAACUUCGGCCCCCUCCGUAGCUAUAGCGUAAGCGUAAACAGGCGUAAACAUUGUCCGCCAGGCCAAGCCAGGCUUGGCUGUUGCAUACAUCGCGGCGCUAGAUUCAGUUCCCGUCGGACGUGGUUCCACUUCGGUUCGGUUUCGUUCGUUCUGUGCGGACUCCGUUUGUUGAGUAAUAAGGACGACGACGAUUUCGUGGUUAAAGAAAGGGAUUGAGGGAUAACCUACAGUCGAUUGUAAUGUUUCGGAGAAGCACAUGGCGCGCGCCUUUGUGAAGGUAUUCAACCCUCGGGAACCACGACGAGAGGAGGGUGGAUGAUUGCUUCGGUUCGACAGUGUGGUAGUGUUGCAUCCUGUUCCCGUUGAUGGUGGUGUUGGUGGCAUGGAAGUGUGUAACUACUUAACUAGCAAUUAUUGGGGUGGGAGUUGGGCUGGCGUGGGAGACGGGCGUUGGGACUUUGAAGUCGACAUUGAGGCGCGAGGGCGGGCGUAGUAGUAGCAGUGGAAGGCUACUGUUAGGCGAUGUGGGGGGAAGGAUACAGGGCACGGUACGUUCGGUGAGUUACAAAAGCAAACGUGCUUCGAUGGAAUCCGACUAGUUUCGCGUCUGCAUCCGAACGGUUCACUUGUGGAAUUUUCCCGUAAUUUCGUCGGUUCGUGGAAAAGCAUUGUUUUCGUUCGAGUGUUUUCCGAGAAGAAACAGCUAACGCCCGAGGGUGGAAUUGUUUUUUCGCAUGAAAAUUAACAAUCGUCAUUCGUUUUAAUGCAGUGAAGUUUACAUGAAGAUGAAAAAUUAUCACAUUCAACCGUUGCGUCGGUAGAGUGAAAUUACAUUUAAGCUUUUUUUUUCUCCGCUUCAUGGUUUGCGUUUACAGCUUUGAAAGCCGAGACUACGGGACUAUUGUGCUUGCUCGUCGACUAGAAUGGCGACUGGCUUUCGCUUGACGGGACAGAAAAACAACAUCGCUUUUGUGCGUUUCACCCCGCCUGAAAGUAUGCCAUAAAUCAUAAUGUAAUAAAUUUGUAACAAAUUUCUUCGGUCACGCUGGGAUGCUUUUUUUCCCGGACGACGACGAAGGAAGCAAAACAGACCGAGUGGUGAAUGGAUGAUUUUGUUUGGAAUAUAAAUUUGCCCUCGCUCUCAUCCCUAAUCCAAUUGUGCUGGUUCAGAGAUUUCUCCUGUUCGGUAGAAAGGACACCGACAAAAAAAAAACAUAGUGGUGAUUCAGGCGUAAAGAAAUCCGCAAAACAAAAGGCGCCUAAAUAUAUACUGCUUCGUCACACGUUAAAUACGGCAUUCAGGCGCAAACAAAGCCCCCGAAAGCGUCAUCUGUGGAUGAAGGAAGAGAUAGUGUAGUGGAUGUUCCAUUCAGCCGGCGAAGCGGCUUUCCAUUAAUGUGAUUAAUGAUGUGCGAAAGCGAUUAGUGAAAUUAGGCAAUCCACGCACCCGCCGCCAAGCUACGAGAAGCUUGGAAGCAGGAAAAAAGCGGGCUGGUAGAGCUUACGAAGCUAAAGCUGCUUCGAGUCUAGUCGAGCGUGAAGUUUUCCUCUUUUCCUGCCUGUCCCCCCUAUAUAUAGGUAUACCGUCUUCUCAUCAGUGAACGUCGAUCCUGACGAAGCCGAAGAAGAAGAAUAGCACGACGACGAUGAUGAUGAUUUUGAUGAAAUGGUGCGUUUGAUGGAAAGUCGGGAUGAAAUGUGCUGAGUGAUAUGAACGUUCGAGGAUAUGGUGUCUUAUUUUUUAUCGGCAGCCAGUGAAGAAGAAAAGGUUACAAGCUAUUACGAGAAAGUCAUCUCGGUGAUGGAAGAUUGUGUUAUUUUCGCUCCAGUCGCCGUCUAGUCUGAGUUGGGAGUGUGUAGGGUAGGUAGAAAGGGGAAAUCCGGAAGAAGACAAAACUGUGCUGGUAGUUUGUUGCUGUAGAACGAGAAGAUUAGAAGAGCUGCUCAACGUGUAGAAAUUGGUCCAGUGAGGCAUCCACCACCACCAUAGCACCGCAGACAAUGGAAUUCAAACCCAUGGCAACCAUCGCCACGAUAGACAAAGGGAAUCCCCCGCUGCCGGCGGCCCUGCUGCAUCCACCUGCUUCCCCCACGAACGUCGGCUGCUGUGCGAUAGGGCGCCGAACUCCCCCGAGGCCACCGUCGGAGAUCUACUUCGAGAGCCGUGGCAAGUGCUGCAAGAAGCUGCUCCGCUACAACGGCUAUCCGAAUAAGGUCUUGCUCUACCCAGAAGAGGGAUGGGCCCGCAGUGCAGCAUCGAGCUAUUGGACAAUUUCCCCGUGCCGGUGGCGAAGAAAUCGCUGCAUCGUGGAAGAGGUGGCCGGAUCAAGAAAACAAUCAACCCAGGGUCGAAUGAUCGUCGUAGGUGAUGGCGCGCUGCUGAUAGUUGGCACGUUCAAGAGACGAGUUCCGGAUCCUGAUUUCAAGCUGUACCUGUCCUCCAACAUCACCCUGGCCGACUACAACAUGGGCUACUGCCUGACGGGGACGCUGGAGCGGGGAGACCAGCGCUCGAAUCAAUUCCAAACCACACACUUUGCGGUGAUCCGACGGUGUUGGCCCGCGAACGAGCCGGACUCCGCCGGCGGUGGCCACAAAACCCAACACACGUACAUCGAUUUCCUCUUCAACCGAUGAUAGAUGAUGGAGAGUGAGGAAUUGUUGCCAGGUCGGUCCAUGUCAGCCAGUGCCAACCAACAGUAGUGUCAGUGGCAGGGACGAGACUCUCAAACAAGAUGAAUAUAGGGUAUGUGUGCCAUCAGUAAUCUCACGCUCCCAUAUUCAUCCUAUUCGAAAACAAGCGAUUACGGCACCGAUUGAUUCCGUUCUUUUUGUUUUCAUGGGUGCUCACUUCUAACAAAAAAUACAAAAAUAAGAAACAAAACAAACAGCGCUUCAAUCCUUUGUUUUUCGUAGGAUGAAAAUGGGAGCCACAUACUUAAUAAGGGAACUAAUACCCUAGGUAGGAAUCACGUGCUGCGCGGCGAUGACGACAAGGAUGAGGACAUGAUUGGGGGGAUUGUUUGUGGAGACAGUUAUGUUCAGAAGACAUUUGACACAUUGGUUGUUGGUCAAAUUUGCAUUCCGCUACAGGUUGUCGAAUUUUAUUCUCAUUAUCACAACUUUUUGUAGAUUUUUUAUUCGUUUACUAAAAUUUACAGUGUUUUUGUUCACGUGAAAAUUAAUGGUUCUACUCAUACAGGGUCACGGCCUCGUUUUUGAAUAAAACCUUUAGGAAGAUUAUAAACCCCAACCAAAAAAAAUUAAUAAAAAUGUCAGAUGUCUUCUGAGCGUUACUGUAUUGAUGCAGGGUAAUUUAAACCUCGUGAAAUGAUGACACAAUUAUUUAUGCACGAAUGAUUAACCAGCUGAACGCUUCGCAUCGGUAUCGGUUAUUCGGAUGCAAAAACUCUCGAUUAAAAUGUGAAAAUCAAACUAACAAGGUAUAUAUGAACGUUGAUGUAUAGUAGAUGCUAACGAAACAAACAAACAAAAAAUGACUUUUAUAUAUAUAUGAUGGAGAAAAUUCGCGUAAAAAUCAAAAUAACAUUAAACAGGAAACACAAACUCAAAACCCAACCACAUACAAAGAAAAAACCGAAAUCAAAAUUGACGAUGCGAGAGGAAAUAUUUUUGUAACAAUCGUUUUGUAAAUAUAGUCACAUGAUAUCCAUAUUGCAUUGUCACGACAAACAAAAUAGCGAAAUAAACCCCCGGAAAAAAAUGCCGAAAAGAAUUAAAAUGGUUAUUAAACAGCGCGAAAAAUAUAAAAAAUAAACAAAAACGAGGUGCAGCUGUUAAAUUUAUACCGAAGGCUUUCCCACUUCGGGAUUUAAUAACGUGCGCGUUCGGAAAGGCAUUAAAACAUCAUCUCGCUCGCAGCACACACACACCACCACAUACACGUGAGCUUGUUGCCGCUGAAAAACAAUAGGAAGCACGGAGUACACACAUACCCAUUAUAUGUUGCAGAAAGGGUGUCAGAAAGGGUGGUGCGAAACAUGAACAACCAGAAAAAAAUCUGAUUUCGAUGGAGAUAAUUUUAUCGGUCAUUGUUACUGUCAGCUUCAGUGGACGUUACAUUCAUUGGAUUACAAUUUGUUUAAUUUUUGACAUUGCAUUGCGUUCAUUGUGGCGCUGGCUGGUAGACUGGAAAGCCACGAACAGAGCAGAAGUUGUUGCAUUGAAAAUUCAUAUUAUGGGUGAUUCCAGAGGGAUGCACUUGUUUCGAUUCGAAUGUUUUGUCCAGCGAUGUCAGGUUUCAGAUGUGAAUUAGUAGUGUAAUUAAGUGACCAAGAUGGGAAUAAAUUUGAAAAGAUCCCGAGAGAAAUUUCUGAAGGAAUCACUACAGGAAUUCAUGCAGGCUGGAGGAAUCUCUGAAAGAACUUCCGGAGCAAUCCCUGAAGAAAUUCCUGGAGAAAUGCCUAGAGGAAUCUCUGGAAGAAUUUCUGAAAGUAUACAUGGAGGAACCCAUGCAUUAUUUCCUGGGGUAAUCCUUAGUGCAUUUAUGGAACGAAUCCCUGGAGAAAUUUCUGAAGAGAUCGCUUGAGGAAUCCCUGGUGGAGUUCCCAGAAAAAAAUCUGUUGGAAUCCUUGGAGGAAUUUUUGGACGAAUUCCUGGAAAAAUCCCUGAAGCAAUUUCUGGAGGAAUAUCCGGAAGAAAUCCUGGAGGAACUACUGGACAAAUCCCUACAGUAUUCUUGGCGGAAUCCCUGAAGUAUACCUUCAAGAAUUUCUGAAGGAAUAGUUUGAGGAUUUUCUUUAGCCAUCCUUGGAGAAAUUUUUGGACGAAUGCCUGGAGCAAACUCUGGUUAAAUUCCUAGAUGAAUACCUGAUGGGAUCUGUACAGGAAUAUUAGGAGGGACCUCUGAUGGAAUUCCCAGAGCGAUCCCUAGAUAAAUUCUUAUCUCUGGAGGAAUUGCUGGAUAAAUUUCUGCAGGAAUACCUGGAGGAAACUCCCAAAAGAAUUCCUAGAGCAAUUCCCGGAGCAAACCCUGGAAAAUUCCUGGAGGAUUCCCUAGAGGAAUUCUUGGAGGAAUCCCUGAAGAAAUUCGUCGAGGAAUCUUUGAAAGCAUUUGUGAAAGUAUUCAUGGAGGUAGCUUUGUGUUGAUCCCUCGGGUAAUCUUUAGAGCAUUUACUGGACGAAUCCCUGGCAAAAUUUCUGAAGAAAUCGCUUAAGGAAUCCCUGGCGGAGUUCCUAGAGAAAUUUCUAUUAGAACCCUUGAGGGAAUUUCUGGAAAAAAAAAUCCUAGAGGAAUUUCUGGACAAAUCCCUAUAGUAUUCCUGGCGGAAUCCCUGAAAUAUACCUGCAGGAGUUUCUAAAGGAAUAGUUUGAGGAUUUACUUUAGCCAUCCUUGGAGAAAAUUUUGGACGAAUGCCUGGAGCAAACUCUGGAUAAAUUCCUAAUUGAAUACCUGAUGGAAUCUGUAGAGGAUUUUUUUAGGGACCUCUGACAGCAUUCCCGAAACGGUCCCUAGAUAAAUUCCUAUCUCUGGAGGAAUUUCUAGAGCAAUUUCUGGAGCAAACCUUGGAAGAAUCCCUGGAGAUAUUUUUGAAGGAACCCUUUUGAGGAAUUCCUGGAAGAACCCUUAGAUAAAUUUCUGGAGAAAUUCAUGGAAAAAUUCUUGGAAAAAUCCCUGAAACAUUUUCGAGAGUAACCUCAGGAGGAAUGUCUAAAGGAACUGCUGGACAAACUCCUGGCGGAAUCCCAGGAGGAUUUUCUGGAGAAAUCCCUAAAGGAAUUCUUGGGGAAAUUUCGUGGAACUAUCUCUGGAAGAAUUCCUUUCAUGAAUGAAUUCCUGGAAGAAUCCUGGAGAGUCGAAAAGGAAUUUUGAAAGGAAUCCCUGAAGAAGUUUCUGAAGAAAUUACUAGAGAAAUUCCCAAAGAAAUUUCCGGAGGAGUUCCAGGAGGAAUUCUUGGAGGAAUUUCCAGAGGAAGAGUUCGUGGUAAAUUCCUGGUGGAAUCCGUGAAAUAAUUCCUGCAGGAUUCUCUGGUGGAAAAAAUCCUGGAUCAAUUCCUGGAGUUCCUGGAUGAAAUCCUGAAGAAAUACCUGUGGUAAUUAUCCGAGGAAUUCUUGGUAGAAUUGUUGGCACAGUCACUGUAGAAAUGCCUGGAGGAGUAUCUGGAAUAACUCCUGGAAAAAAUUCGAGAGGAAUUCCUGGGGGAAUUCAGUAAUUUUCUGGAGAAAUGUCUGGAGAAAUUGCCGCAUGAAUUUCUGAAGGAAUUCCUGGCGGAAUCCCAGGAGGUAAAAUUCGGUAGAACAUCCCUGGAAGAAUUCCUGAAGGAAGCUCUCGACUAAGGAAUUCUGUAAGAAAUCCCUGGAGAAAUUUCUGAUGAAGUUCCUAGAAGAAAUCCUACCGGCAUUCCCAGACGAACUUCCGGAGGAAAACCAGGAGAAAUUCUAUGAGAAAUUUCUGAAGAAAUUCCUGUGAGAAUCCCUGGAGGUGAAAUUACUGAUGGAAACUCUGGAUGAAUUCUUGGAGGAAUUCCUGAAUGAAUUCCUGAAAGAAUAUCUGAAGCAAACCAUGGAUGAUUUCCUAGAGAAAUCCUCGGAGGAAUUUCUGUAAAAACUUCCGAAGGAAUUCCUGGAGAAAUUCCUGAAGGAAUUUUUGGUUGAAUGCCUGGUGGAGUCCCUAGUAAAGUUGCUGUAGGAAUGCCUGGAGGAAUGUCUCGAAUAAUUCCUGGAAAAAUACAGGGAUUAAUUUCUGGGGGAAUUUCUGAAGAAAUCUCUGGAGGAUUUCCUGAAGGAUUCCUGAAGAAAUCCUUGAAGUAAUUCCUGGAGAAAUUUCAAGAGAAGUUCAUGCAGGAAUCCUUGGAGGAAUUCUUGGAAUAAUCCUUGGAAUUCCUGGAAGAAUUUCUGAAGGAAAUAUCUGGAGAAAAUGCCGUAGUAAUUUCUGGAGAAAUUGCCCUAGGAAUUCCUGGACGAAUUCCUGCAGGAUCUUUUUGAGAAAUCCAUGUAGAAAUUCUCAAAGAAAUCCUGGAAGGAUUCCUGGAGGAAUUCUUGGAUGAAUCUCGGGUGGAAUUUCUGAAGAAAUCCAAGGAUCACUUUCAGAGGGAUUUCCAGAAGGAAACCACUAAAAUUUCUGAGGAAAUCCUGAAGGAAUCCUAAAAAGAGUGCGUAGAGGAACUCUUGUAAGAAUUCCAGUGGCAGUUCCUGAAGGAAUCCCUGGAGCAGUUCCAAAAGUAACUCCAGAAGGAAUCUCGGAAGCAAUUCAAGUCGAACUCGUGAGGGAAUCUCUAAACAGUUCCUGGAGGAAGACUUGAAUUAAUUGCUGGAGGAGUUGCUGAAAGAAUUCCAGGAGGAAUUCCUGAAGGAUUACCAAGAACAGUUCUUGAAGGCAUUUUUAAAAUAAUCUUGGAAGUUGUUUCUGAAAGAAUCACAGAGGGAAUUCCCGGGUAAAAAAAUCUUCGAGGAAUUAGUGGAGAAACCCCAUGAGGAAUUCCUUAGGGAAUCUCAGGAAAGCUUCCUAGCAAAUAACUGGAAGAAUUUCUGUACCCGGGUAGAAGAAAAUAACUAACGAAGAUCAAAUUUUGCCAUUAAAAAUGAAUGGCUAAAUGGCAAAAUUUGUUAUUGGUUUGCUGGGAAUAAGAGCUAAAAGAACAAAAAUGAUAACUGACUUUGUUCCGGAAAAUAACUCAAUAAUAACUAAUGUUGUCCUUAUAAGAACAAACCAAGGACAAAAUAUUUCAAAAUGGAGAAUAACUGAAUAAGUUAUUAUCGAGUUAUUGAGAAUAAAGUAAGAACACAAUAAGUUAUUUCAAAUAAGGUCAUCAUAAUUGUAAUUUUUUGUCUUAUGAUUGAAAAAAAAACUGUAUUGUAAGUUCUGAUGUGUUUUGUCCUUGGUUUGAUCUUAUAAUAACAAAAUAAGUUAUUAUUUACUUGUUUCUGGAUCAAAGUGCGUUAUUAUUUUUUGUUUUAUUAGCUCUUAUUCCUAACAAACCAAUAACAAAGUUUGCUCUUCAUCAAUAUUCUAUUUAAAAUAAAAUAAAUACUAAAUAACUCAUCAAUAACAAAACAAGUUAUUCUCUUGUUAAUAAUUUAAAGUUGAGUCAAACGUUUUUCAGAGCUCAUUAUAUAAGUUAUAAAUAGACAAAAUUUCAUUGCAUUCGGUUCAUUGAAUCCGGAGAUAUAACAGCUCAAAGUUGGCUAUCGGAUUCGUGCAGAAUAGCCCGAUGUUUUCCAAAUUUUGUCCACUUAUACACAACUAGUUGAUCGACUUACAGUGAAAAUUUGAGAAUAUUUGAUGCACUUUCCGAAAAGUUACAGCUAAUUGGACAUUUUUUGAAAAGUUAAAAUUUUGCCUGUCCCGAUCAUUUUGUCUAUCCCCUGUAUGAUAUGUCAAAUAAACGUCGAAAAAGAAGUUUUCAAUUGUUUAUUUUUCUUAUUGAAAAAAAUACACUUCUUCAACUAUUUUUGGAAAUUUUGCUAAAAUUUAAGGAGAUCUUCCCCAAACUCGCCAAUAUUUUGAAUUUCAUCAAUCUGACGUAAAACCUGCAUUCAGAUGAUCGAAUGGUAUUAUAUUCAGCUCUUAUUUAUGGAAAAAAAUAAAAUUGGUUGAACAAAACGCAAGAUAUUUGAAUUUUAGGAAAUUCCAUAUUUUAAAAAGUUGUAUAACUGGAUAUUGAGCUAAAACUCAAAAACUGUUCUACUUAAAAAUUUUUGGAGCACGGUUUUGAAAACAGCACUAAAUUGUGCUUCAAAAAUUUUGGUCGUUGACAGAAGUUCACGACAUUCGUUUUAUUUUGUAAACUAGUUGUAACUCAGAAAUAACAAAUUUUGCAAUGAUAAUAUUUUUUGUUCUUAGCGAGUUAUUUGGUGUUAUCCAUAAAUAACCUAAGAAUGAUAAAAUGAGAUAUAAUGGCAAAAUUUGUUAUUAUUUUGUCCUUGGUUUGUUAUUCGCCUCUACCCGGGUAGUAAUCCCUGGAUAAAAAAAUCUGAAGAAUUCCAUGUCUGCAUUAAUUUCUGGACGAAUUAUUGAAAGAAUACUAGGAUGGACUCCCGACUAGGCGAUCAUAACAAAAUUAUAUCAUAAUAUGUUAUUAUGUUAUACAGAUUUUUCUAACAUAGGCAGUUAUAAUUUAGAUGCAGGAUGUUGUUAAAAUAACAAAAAUUCUAACUAAAAAUCAUAAGGGUUCUAACAAAAGUGUAUCAAAGUUUGUUACAAAUACAUCAAAAAUAUAUCAAGCCCUGUUCUAAGUUUUUGAUAAAAUAUAACAAAAUUAUAAUACAGUUUGAUAUUUUCAAUUAGGGUAAAAAUCAAAUAGGGUAUAAACUAGUUUUUUUACUCAUUGUUGGGUAAUUACUUUAAGUGUGUUAUUCUAUUUUUAGAAAAUGAUAGUUCACAUAAAAAAAACUUUCGAGUUCAUUAUAAAACUUUCAAACAUGGACGGGAUUUGAACCACCAAUCCUACCAUCGUAAAUUUUCAGUCGCCUUUACCAAUGAGGCUAUCACAGCACUUGAAGUGAGGGACGAAAGAAGUUUUACUGGUUCUACGUAUUGCCAGUUUCCCUAUUCCCCCAUCUCUUGUUUGUUAGUCGCAGGACAAAAAUAGACAGAGAUUUGAAUGCAAGAUCAAACAAUGAACCUCUCUCUCUUACCAACAGCGCUAUCGCGGUGCGCAGACAUGCGCACUGAAACACUAAUAACAGUGGUGGCGCUCGCAUGGCCCGUCGUCGGCUAUUUCCAAGGAGCAAAGAGAACGACGAAAAAGUUGCUAGGUAGUCGACUAUUUAUGAUUGAGCUUCGUCAUGGGGUGCAUUUUGGCGGCGACAAAGAUUCUUUCCGGACGGAGAUGAUUUUUAUUUUAUUUUUUGUUUUUUUUUUCGCGCUGCGAGAACGGCGAUUAUACACGUACCUACGUGAGCGAAGGUAAAAUGUGGCUUUGUUUUGAUUGAUUACAAUUAUAUCAUAUGCCGAUAUGAUUACUUCUUCAGAUGCUGUUUAGUUUUAUUCUAUACAUUAUUCUAAUGUUAAGGGGCCAUUAGACUGUUUGUCAUUAUGCCAAAUAUUUGCCAUUGAAAUCCAACAUUUAUCCAAGGUUGCUAUGAUUCAGGCUGUGUUGGUCAUUUGUUGGGUUUAUUUGGUCAAAUAUUUGUCACGUCUAAUGAGACCUUUAGUAAUGAAAAAAGAUAUUUAUGAUAUAAUGUCAAGCAAUAUAUGGUCGAAUAAUAAUAGAUCGAAAGAAAAAAGUUAUAAUAGACAAAUGCAAUCAUCAAUUGAGCAGAAUUGUCUGUAUACAUAGUUGGCAUUUUUAUUGAUUAGAAUGAUUUAGUAGGCAUCACAUUUGCUAUCUCCACGCUCCACAUAGUCUUUUCGGUACUUUUUGAUGUUAUAAUUAGAAGUUAGAAUAGCAGUACAUACUGUUAAAAUGACAUAUAAAGCCAACUAUAGUAAACUUAUAAGUUUACUCAAUUUUGAGAUAAAUAAAACUCAUUUGCAGAUGUAUCACUUUUUCAAGCGAAAAUUUUACUUAACCUAUAAGAAUUGGGAAUCGUAGAAAAGUGAUAGGAUUUUGGCACCGUAACGGGACUGGGAUAUUGAAAGAAGGAAAUAAAUGCUUAGAUUAACAUAUCAAUAGCUAUGAUGCUAUAUUUACCCAAAAACUCAAAUUAAAGCAAUGAAUAAAAUUAAAAAAAAAUACGGAAGAGUCUGAUGAAAUUUCUAGAAGUUGCAAUGCCUUUAUUUUUUACUGCAUAAUAUGAAGCAGCAGUCAAUAAACUAAAGAAGGUAUACUAUGUAAUGGUUAUAUCUGCGAUAAAUUUUCUCCGAUUUUGACAAUAUUGAUCUCAUUUAAUCCAGAUUUAUUUUUUCCAUCUAAAACAAAUCCGACUGAACCGAUCUGGUUAUCGUGGGUUAAGGAAACCCCGAAUUGCCAUACGCGUGGAAUUUUCCAUAGACCAGCUGCAAUAGCAUAUCUACCCAGCCUAGGCCCAAAGUAUUGACUUCAAAGUAAUUAUUACGAAGCAUGUUUCACGAGAGAUCAUAUCUUUUCAAUUCGCUAACUCCAACAAUGACGAUAUUAGAAUAGUGGAGCUUAGAAGCAAAGGGGUGUCAGUUACAAAAACCCACUUUCGAGUAAAUGAGCUUUGAAGUUUUUCACCAGUUUUUCAUCCCAUUCAAAAUGUAUGGAGUUUCAAUAUCAACCCAAUUUUCUCUGAUUAUUGUAUUUUUUUCUAAUUAUCAUAAAAAUAAUCUUUAAAAUGUUUCGGAAAGCUUGAAAUCUGAAGAUUUUUUUAUAUGCUCAGCUCAAACUCGACAAAAUGGUCACUUACACCUCUUUGCAUCUGGGCCCCUCAAUACCAUAAAAACAUGUUCCAGAAAAUUUGGACUUUAGGGAAUACCGCGUAACCCAAUCAAUAAAAAAAGUUUCCUUAUUCAAACGAGUCGAAGUUCACUUAAAUCGAUUAAAAAUUGAAAAAGUAUGAGUACUUUUCAGUUUUGAGGGUAGCCGGAUACGCUUCCGGCAUUCUACGCAAUAAAAAACAAGCAAAACUGCAGCCUCUCAACAGCAAUUGAAUGUUUUUUCAUAAAUUAUUCAACUACAUAGAAUAAAGCUGUUUCUUUUUAAGCAUUUUUUGAUCUUUUAUCUGCAUCCAUCGACCUUUUGCUCUACAAGCAAUGAAAAAAACGAAUACAUAAUCAAAUUUCUCAUUUUUUGUAAUAUAGCUGAAAAUUAAAAUAAUUUCAUAUUCUAAUAUAAUUAUGUUAUUUUUUCAGCUGAUCAUUUUGUUCAGCUGCAAAAAUAACAGAGUUUGUUCUGAUUUAUUUGUAACAAAACUAGUUACAAAAGAUUAUUAUAUAUUUUGUUAUAAUUUAGUUUGAAAAAGCAAUGAACAGUCCAUGUCAUAAUAAAAUUAUAACAUAAUUUGUUAGUUGUAUCACAUUAAGAUAUAAUUAUGAUAUAUUCUUGUUAUGUUCAUCUAGUCGGGCUCCCAAAAGAUUUUUUGUACAAAAUUUCUAAGCAAUUCCUGGAUUAAUUUUCUGACACAGUUAAUUGUAGAAAUACUUCGAAUUAUUCCAGAUGGAGUCAAUUGAGCAAUCUCUAGCGAAAUUCUGAAAGCAGUAUAUGGAGAAAUCAACUCAAUUGUGACAGGAUAUUUGACUAGCACCAAAUUAAAUAUGGGUCAUACCACAAUAUUCCUAAACAAUGAACGCAGGCUCUACAGAUGAGGGAAGAAAAAAAAUAUGGAGAAAUCCCUGAAGAAAACUCUGUAAGAAAUAUCUUACAGGAUCCCUGGAGAAAGGAUCCUCGCAAACAGCACUGGAACAAUGAGGAAGAUAUCGCAGGGAAUAUGAGGAAUUUGAUUCCUGAUGAGGAAUUCCUGAUAAAUUUCUUUAGAUAUUAUUCUGAGAAAUUUUAGGACAACUCCAUUGAUAAUUUCUUAGGAAAUUGUACUAAAAAUUUCUUUGGAAGUUCUUCAAGGUAGUCUUCAAGAGAUUCUUCGUGAAAUUCAUUUGAGAAUUUCCGCAGAAAUGCCUUUCGGUUCUAUUCAGCAGUUUUUGAUGAUUCCUUAUAAAAUUUCUUCAGUAAGCCGGUCUCUGGUAAUUAUUUUGACAGUUUUUUAUAGGAUUUAUUUCAACAGUGCCUUAUGAUAAUCUUCCGGAAACUUCUAAAAAAAAAAAAUUUGUCACUUGCUUUUGAAAUAUCUUUGACAAAUCUUUGGGCAAAUUGUUUGUCUAACAAAAUCUUUAGAAUUUCUUUCAAUAAUUCAUUACAGAAAGGAAGCGCCUAGCAAUAGUCCGAAUGAGCAACUGGAGAAAUUUCCAACAGAAUAUGCCUGCGAAAUUUACUAAUAAUUUUAAUUUUCAAAGUAGCGUUCAUUGGGAAUCUCUUUUGUGAUUCCACUUAAGUACCUUCGUUGAAAAUUGGUUUGAGAAUUUCUGAGACCAUUUCUCUUUGCUUUUUUUUUCGUUCGGUUAUUCCUUGAAAAUUUCCUUCGGCAAUUUCUUUUUAAAGAUUGUUUUGCGGAAUUGACGAAUCUGAUGGAAUUGGAAUAGUAAACUCAAACUUUGACAAUUUUUGUUUGGAAUUGUUUUUGACAAGUCCUUUAGAAACUAAUCCGGUAAUUCUUUUGGCGAUUUACUCAGCCAUUCCUUUGGAAAAUACUUAGAAAUUAUAUUCGGGAACCGAAUGAAUUUAAUGAAUUUCUUCAGAUAUUAUUCUGAGAGGACUAAAAUAUUAACGCGCACUGAAACGGCAAAAAUUAGCAAUAGCCAAUAUCUCACAGAAAUAAUAUUAUAAACUAUCAAAGUCUUUGAUAACAGAGAGAUGUUCCUUCUUUUUAUCAUCUGCACAAAAAACUAUUGAAAAAUAUCCAUAGGAUUGCCAGUUAUUCAACAAAAACCGAAAUUUUUAUUGCUUCACCCAUACAAAGUGUAAGGCGAUUUUGAUCAAGUUUAUUGCUAAUUUCUAAAUUUUAAUUGAGCGAUAAUAUAGCUGCCGUUUUAAAUGUUCUUCGUUAUUUCCUUGUAAAGUUAUUCCGCGUUUUUUUUUUAAUUUUUAACGCUCCUUGUGCAGUUUUUGACCCAAACCGUCCAAAGUGAUGCAUUAGGAAGGUUAAAUCAAUAUCUGAUGAAACUGACAGCUGAUAUUCCAGAAGUCACGAGUUAUUGACGAAGAUUUUGACGGAAGACUUCAAGAAGGAAAAGUCGGAAAAUAAGCAAAGAAGUUUUAAAAGUUAUUUCCAGAAGCAGUCCCAGGAAAACUCCAAAAAAUGCUGAAGAAAACUCUGUAGGAAUUGCCUGAUUAGUUCCACAAAACAAAUAUCGAAAGUGGUUGCAAAGGAAAUUAAAAAGUAUUUUCAAAAAUUAAUUGCCAAAAUUAAUUUUUAAAUUGAGCGGCGAAAAAUAAAAAUGCAAAAGAGCUGCCAAACAAAUUCCAAAAAGAAUUAGGGUAUCGUGCCACUUUGGCGGUGGCUUCUAUAUUCGUCUGUUUUCCACUAUAACUCAGUCAAUUUUGAACCAAUUGACUUGAAAUGUUGUACACGGGUAGAUACUAUACCUAUCUCACCGCAUUCCAAAAAUCGUGUCAAUUAGUUCAAUUUUCACUGAGAUAUAGACGAAAAUAGAAGCCACCGCCCAAGUGGCGCGGUUCCCUACCGAAAUGCCUCCAAAAAUUUACGAUUAAAACUCCAACAGAAAUCUCAUAGGAUUUGCUAGACCAAAUCUGAUAGAAAAUACCGAUUUUUUUUUUUUGAAAGAAUUUGCAGAAGAAGUUUUUUAAAAAGUAAAACUAAAGACAUUAUUAGAAAAAAAAACAGAGAAUUUGGCUAGGAGAUUUCAGAAUCAAUUUUCAAAGAAAUUGCCUGAUUGUAGUGUAGUUUCCAUAAAGUGGUCGAAGAAACUUCGAAAAGAAUUGCAACGAAAAAACAUCUAAAAAAAAGUUAUUAAAAACAAAAACAAAAACAAAAUGAAUUGCGAAAUCAAUUUUUUAAAUAUUUGCUGACUUUCAAAACAAUACAGAAUUGAAGUUCUAUAAGAAAUUAUGGAACAAAUUUUCAAAAAAAGGAAUUCUCAUAGAAAUUUGUAAAAAAAAAUCCUUAAGGAAUCGAUGUUACUUUUUCCAGAGAGGGCUCGUGUUUUCUUUUAUUUUUUUUUAUUUUUAUUUUUUUGAAUAAAUGUUAUCCUUGAUUUCAUACUCAACAAGACUGUUAUACUCUUAAAUCUGUACUUGCGGUUCACAAUUCCCGAAAAAAAAAACCCUACGGAA